AUGUCAUUGAGGAGUCUCUUGCAGUACAUACAAGAAGAGUUAAUGUUUAGGGCCACUCUACCUGUACAAGACCCAGACAAUACGGUGAAAUGUGACAUCCACGCCGUAUCACCAACGAAUCAUUCUAAAGAACAGCCUUUCAACGGUUCGCCUAGAAGACAUUCCUCAGUGGACGAGAUCUUUGGUUUAGUAACGUCCAUGAACUUGACCGGUCAGAGGCAGAGAUCUUUGAGCGACAGCAGCAGAACCGGAAGGACUAACCGAGAUAGUAGUAGGGAAGUAAAUGGAACGGAGGAGGAUCCUAACCAUGAAGGUGAAUCCAGCGAUAUGGUAACUUGUCCACCUGUACCACCUAGAAAACAUCGUAGGAGGCAUACACCUCCUAGACCGCCUAGCAAUGGCCUACCACCAACGCCCAAGGUCCAUAUGGGCGCGUGCUUUUCCAAGGUAUUUAACGGUUGCCCGUUGAGGAUUCACUGUACGGUAUCUUGGAUCAAUCCCGAAACUAGAGAUCAACAUAUCCUCAUUGGCGCCGAAGAGGGUAUUUAUAAUCUCAAUUUAAACGAAUUGCACGAAACGUGUAUUGACCAGUUAUAUAAUAGGAGAACAGUUUGGAUGUAUGUGAUAAAGGAUGUCCUUAUGACGCUAUCAGGAAAAACUCCCCAACUUUAUAGGCACGAUCUUCUAGCUCUUCAAAAUAAACAAUCCCACAGGUUUAGUUUGCACAUGAAUCGGAUACCAGAGCGCCUUGUGCCGAGGAAAUUCGCUCUGACUACGAGAGUACCUGACACCCGAGGUACGCUCAAAUGUUGCGUCGCACGCAACCCCUACAACGGAUAUAAGUACCUAUGCGGAGCGACAGCAAACGACAUAUAUCUGAUGCAGUGGUAUGAUCCUCUAAACAAAUUUAUGUUAUUAAAGCACGUGGAAUGUGUUCUUCUUCCGAAUCCACUUCACGUGUUUGAAAUGAUCAUCACACCCGAGUUAGAAUAUCCAAUCGUUUGUGUAGCGAUUAGGCAAGCGUACCAACCUAACCGAUUCAAGCUGGACUUGAUCAAUAUGAAUUCUGGUGCUAGUUGGUUCCAUUCUGACGAACUCCAAGACAUGGAUGGUACGGCGACUGUCAUUCCCCGACGGGAAAAUUUGGAUAUAGUGAACGUUUCCCAGUUAGAUAAAGAUUCGAUUUUAGUUUGUUACGAAAACGUUAUUAGGAUAGUAAAUAUGCAAGGGAAGAUGAAAGUGAACAAAAAACAGGUUUCCGAGCUCAGGUUUGGAUUUAGAAUUGAUAGUAUAAUAUGUCUUCCGGAUAGUGUGCUGGCGUUUCACAAACACGGAAUGCAAGGAAGAUCAUUAAAGAAUGGCGAAGUUACACAAGAAAUCACCGACACAGCACGAACGUAUAAACUUUUAGGUUCAGAUAAGGUCGUCAUGUUAGAAAGUAAUCUACUUAGGACUGGUACACUAACAAACGAAGAAGGUCACGACUUAUAUAUCUUAGCAGGACAUGAAGCCAGUUAUUAA